AUGUCUAGAAUUACCAUUAAUGGUGUUGGUGGACGCCAGAUAAGUAUACCAACGGGACUUUUUAUCAACAAUGAAUUUGUCCCGGCAGAAGGCAAUGUUACUGUGGAAAUAGAAAACCCUUUCAACGGGCAGACGCUAGGGCAUGUCUCAGCGGCCCAGGCUGCCGAUGUAGACAAAGCUGUUGCAGCCGCCGAACAAGCUUUCAAGGGGGCCUGGAAGUCAACUCUACCAACGGUUCGAAGGAAUCUGCUGAACCGUUUGGCUGACCUCAUCGAAAGAGACGUCGAAGAUUUAGCCUCGCUUGAGUCUGUUGAUGCUGGUAUCUUGUACCAGAAUUCUAGCACAAUUUUCGUCCCCCAAGCUGCGGAGACGCUUCGCUAUUAUGCUGGAUGGGCUGAUAAGAUCGAUGGUCAAUCUUUGCAUAUUCCCCAGGGUAUCUCAUAUUCACGUCGAGUCCCCAUCGGUGUCUGUGCUGCCAUUGUUCCCUGGAACGCACCGCUCAUGAUCACUGUUUGGAAGAUUGCCGCUGCUCUAGCCACUGGGAAUGUCCUCAUCAUCAAAACGCCCGAAGCUGCGCCAUUAUAUGGCCAGAAGCUUGGUGAGCUAAUUGCCGAAGCUGGUUUUCCCCCAGGUGUUGUCAGCAUACUCUGUGGCCUAGGUACGGUAGCUGGUUCGGCCAUCUCUGCACACCCGGCCAUCCGUAAGGUCUCGUUCACGGGAAGUCCUGGGGUAGGCCGCCAGAUUCUAGCUGCAUCUGCAAAAACAAAUCUCAAGAAGAUCAGCCUGGAGCUCGGAGGCAAGGGCCCUAGCAUUGUAUUUGACGAUGCCGACUUUGAGAAUGCUCUGCAGUGGACAACAGCCGGCAUUACCAUUAACAAUGGCCAGAUAUGUGCUGCAGGAAGCCGUAUUUAUGUUCAAGCUGAUAUCUACGACAAGUUUGUCAAGGCCUUUUCGGAACGAACCAAGGAUGCCAUUGCUGGUGACCCACUGUUGGCAGAAACUACAAAAGGUCCAGUCAUUAAUGGGGGACAAAAGAAGCGAAUUAUGGAUUACAUCAAGAAAGGCCAGGAGGAGAAAGUCCAAGUCUUGCACGGUGCAGAUGAUUCCAAGCUACCUGCUGAGGGUCACUUUGUACCUAACACUGCAUUUGUGGACGUGGACCCGCAAGCGAUUGUGAUCCGAGAGGAAAUCUUUGGUCCUGUUGCUUGUAUUGCCAAGUUCAAGACCGAAGAGGAAGUUGUCAGGCUAGCCAACGAUAGUUGCUUCGGACUUGCUUCUGCCGUGUUUACUGAAGACAUCAACAAAGCAAUUCGUUUGGGCGAGGAGCUCGAGAGUGGACAGGUUACCAUUAAUAUGUGGGGGACUGUCAAUGCAAACGUGGCUUUUGGUGGUUUCAAAGAGAGUGGAUUUGGUCGCGAUUUAGGCAAGGAGGCGAUUGACGACUGGACACAGGCAAAAUACAUCCAGGUAAUGGUCUCCAAGCUGUAG